AUGAAGGACAAGGAUUUGGCACGAAUAUUUGAGAAUGCGUUUCCGAACACGUUAGAUACCACGGUCCGCUGGCACGUUGAUGGAACGGAACAAAAGAAGAAGACAUGGGGACUACGAGCAACUUAUGGAGAUGACGAAUGGCAGGGACCGCAAAGCUUCAUUGUGACCGGCGACAUCAACGCGGAAUGGUUACGCGACUCUACGAACCAGCUCGCUCAAUACCAAAGCCUAGCGAAGAAAGACCAGAAGAUUAAGACUUUGAUAUUGGGGGCUAUCAAUACACAGAUAGAGUACGUUAUUGGGUCACCGUACUGCAAUGCCUUUCAACCGCCUGCUCCGAGUAAACUCAAAGUCACGCAUAACGGGGAAGGUGAUAGUGUACAUCCUGCUUACGAGCCUUCGUUUGUUUUUGAAUGCAAGUAUGAGCUUGACUCGCUUGCAAACUUUUUGUCGCUCGCGAAUCAAUAUUACAGCCACACUGGAUCUACGGAUUUCAUGACACAUCGUUGGUACAAAGCACUCGAGACCGUGCUGGAGGUCUUAGAAGCUCAAUCACAAGGCUCUUUUGAUGAAAACGGGAAAUAUCACCGAAACAUGUAUACAUUCAAUCGCCACACCGAUAGCGGCACCGAAACUCUUUCACUAAGCGGCAUGGGGAAUCCAUUGAAUAAUGGCACUGGCCUUGUUCGCAGCGCUUUCCGUCCGAGCGACGAUGCAACCAUCUUAGGCUUCCUCAUUCCCGCAAACGCCAUGAUGUCUGUCGAAUUAAAACGCACAGCUGACAUACUACGCAAGGUCAGCCGUAACAAGCUGGCAAAAAGAAUGGAACUUCGCGCCGACCUCAUCAGGGCGGGAAUUAUGGAGCACGGAGUGGUCACCCAUAAAGGAUAUGGAAAGGUGUUUGCAUUCGAGGUUGAUGGAUAUGGAGGCCAAAUCCUGAUGGACGAUGCGAACAUACCGUCCUUGCUAGCAUUGCCUAUUCUUGGUUUUGUGGAUGCUAAGGACGAAAUCUAUCAGAACACGCGUAAGAUGAUACUCGAAAAGCAGGGUAACCCAUUUUACCUCACAGGGGAAGAUUUUCAUGGGAUCGGGGGACCGCACAUUGGCUUGCAACAUGCCUGGCCCAUGAGUGUGCUCGUACAAGCGAUGACUAGUGACGAUGACGGUGAGAUCAGUAAGAGUCUUAAUCUGGUGAAGAGUGUUACGCAGUUAGGUCUGAUUCAUGAGAGUGUCCGUGUCGACAUGUCUAGAGAUUACACCAGAAGCUGGUUUGCUUGGGCCAACUCUGUCUUCGCUCAGACAAUCCUUGAUCUUGCAAGGAGAAAACCUCACAUCGUCUUUGGUGAAGGAGCCAUACCUUACAGUCCGGAGUAG